CGGCCGAGGAGCGAGUGAGCGAGCCGGGAGCCAUGCCGCGCUGAGGGGGGGCCGCACCACCGCCGCCACCGCCACCGCCGCCGGGUGGGGUGGGAGGGCGGGAGUCGCCGCCGCGCCGCCUCCCGGGUGGGCCCCCUUCGCUUGGACGCCGGAGGUCCGGGACGAGUGUUUCAACGCCUUAAAUGGUUUUGAACCAAUGAGGCUGUAUUCCCUUACGAAGACGGUCAACCCAUCGUGUGAACUGUAGAGUUUGCAGACAGAUUUAUCUCGGGUUCAUAGUGGCGUAAUGCACGCAGACUCCUGCGAGGUCCCCUAAGUUCUUAGAGGACGGUUUUGCCUUUUGAAUCAGAGAGUUGCAAAGUUCGCUAAAGAAUGGCCCUUGUGGAUAAGCACAAAGUCAAGCGACAGCGAUUGGACAGAAUUUGUGAAGGUAUCCGUCCCCAGAUCAUGAACGGUCCCCUGCACCCGCGCCCGCUGGUGGCGCUCCUCGACGGCCGGGACUGCACUGUGGAGAUGCCCAUCCUGAAGGACCUGGCCACGGUGGCCUUCUGUGAUGCCCAGGCCACUCAAGAGAUUCAUGAGAAGGUGCUAAACGAAGCUGUGGGCGCCAUGAUGUAUCAUACCAUCACCCUCACCAGGGAAGACCUGGAGAAGUUCAAGGCCUUGAGAGUGAUUGUACGGAUAGGCAGCGGCUACGACAACGUGGACAUCAAGGCUGCUGGCGAGCUGGGGAUCGCCGUGUGCAACAUCCCUUCUGCUGCCGUGGAGGAAACUGCUGACUCUACCAUCUGCCACAUCCUUAACCUGUACCGGAGGAACACGUGGCUGUACCAGGCGCUUCGGGAGGGCACGCGGGUCCAGAGCGUUGAGCAGAUCCGAGAGGUUGCCUCAGGGGCCGCCCGCAUCCGCGGGGAGACGCUGGGCCUCAUUGGCUUUGGUCGCACGGGGCAGGCGGUUGCUGUUCGAGCCAAGGCCUUCGGAUUCAGCGUCAUCUUUUAUGACCCCUACUUGCAGGAUGGGAUCGAGCGGUCCCUGGGCGUCCAGAGGAUCUACACGCUACAGGACCUGCUAUACCAGAGUGACUGUGUGUCCCUCCACUGCAGUCUCAAUGAACAUAACCACCACCUCAUCAAUGACUUUACUAUCAAGCAGAUGAGGCAAGGAGCAUUCCUGGUGAAUGCAGCCCGCGGUGGGUUGGUAGACGAGAAAGCCUUAGCCCAAGCCCUCAAGGAAGGGCGGAUACGAGGGGCAGCACUAGACGUGCAUGAAUCGGAGCCUUUCAGCUUCGCUCAAGGCCCACUGAAAGACGCCCCGAAUCUCAUCUGCACGCCCCACACGGCCUGGUAUAGUGAGCAAGCCUCACUAGAGAUGCGGGAGGCCGCUGCCACCGAGAUCCGCAGGGCCAUUACAGGUCGCAUCCCAGAAAGCCUAAGAAAUUGUGUGAACAAGGAAUUCUUUGUUACAACAGCUCCCUGGUCGGUAAUAGAACAGCAAGGAAUUCAUCCAGAGCUCAACGGCGCCACCUACAGGUAUCCAACAGGUAUUGUGGGCGUGGCUCCAGGAGGACUUCCUGCUGCUAUGGAAGCCAUCAUCCCCGGAGGCAUCCCGGUGACUCAUAACCUCCCCACAGUGGCACACCCUUCCCAAGCCCCUUCUCCCAACCAGCCCACAAAACAUGGGAACAAUCGUGAGCACCCCAAGGAGCAAUAGCAGAGAAUGCUAAGGGGAGUCGUUCGUGUAAACCUAGGACCAAGAGACAGUGAGCAAUAGAGAUCUUCGCGGAAAGGGAUUGGACCAUCAUCCUCACCGAUUCUGGACCUGAGGCAUGCUAACCUACACCGGAGCUGGAAGCCGAGAAGCCGGAGAUACCAUUUGCUGUGCGUGCGUGGAAAGACUUGGGUGUGAUUUGUUAACGACCAACUUCUGUUAGUGUGUGUUCAGUUUCUCAUCUGCAUCCAAUCACCAAGAAUAAAUAGCUCUUUUUCCUUUCUCAGUCCCUUGGGCACAGCAGGUUCAGAGCACCUCGCUCUAGAAUAUUCAUCUAGAGUUCCCACCAUCAAAAUGCGAAAUGAAAAGAGGA